CAGGCGCGGCAGCCAAUGAGCGGCGCCGGCGCUUCGGGCGCUCCAAUCGGCCGGGAGGCGGCCGGCCCGUUGGCAGCAGCCUUCCGGCGGCGGCGGCCAAUCGGCGCAGGCGGCGGAGCUCCGUGUGUGCGGUCACCUCCGCGCCGCCAAGGUGCGCGGGGCAGCGGGGCCCUGCCGGCCCUGCCCUCGGGCUCGGGGAGCGACGGGGCGCCGGCGUCUGGGAUGGCCCAGAGGCUGGCCCUGCAGCGGCUGCUGGCGCUCCCCGCGCGGGGGCCCCUGGCACCCCACGGCAGGGCCUUUGGCACCUCUGCCGGCCGCAGGAGCACUUUCAACGUGCAGGAUGGCAGCGACUUCCAGGACCGGGUGGUGAACAGCCCCAAGCCCGUUGUGGUGGACUUCCACGCGCAGUGGUGUGGUCCCUGCAAGAUCCUGGGCCCCAGGUUAGAGAAGCUGGUGGCCAAGCAGGAGGGGAAGGUGCUGAUGGCCAAGGUGGACAUUGACGAUCACACUGACCUCGCUAUCGAGUACGAGGUGUCAGCAGUGCCAACUGUGCUGGCUAUGAAGAACGGAGACGUUGUGGAUAAAUUUGUGGGCAUAAAGGACGAGGAUCAGCUGGAGGCGUUCCUCAAGAAACUCAUUGGAGCCUGAAGUAAAAGGGUGGCUGUACCUCUGCCUCUGGACACGUCCAUGUUGUGCAUUCCUUGCCUGGGAGAGCCGAGGGCAAGUCAAUUGCCUGCCCUGUACAACCCGGGGGUUUCUUCUGUUUUGGUGUUUUUAGGAGAUGGAAAAUGUUGUAACCCUUCCCUCCUUCUCCCCCUUCUCACGAGCAGCAGUAGUUGCAAAGGGCGCUGAGGAGCAGGGCUGCUUAUUCUCAAAACAGGGAAUGUGGCUGGAAUUAGGAGCCUGUGUUUAUCAGCCAAGAGCUGACGUGCAGAGCUGCUGCUGCUGCUAACAGGAGGAAUGUUUUUGUCUUUGCCUCACAUCUGAUAGCCCAGAGCAGAGGACAGCUGCUCCCUACAAGAUGAUGGUACAUACCUGCCCUGGGUGGGUUCCUUUAAAGCUGAGAAUGCCUCUGCCUUGUCUGUGAAACCUGUCUCUGUCUUCCUCUGUCCUUGUAUUGAUGGGACAGGUACAACUCCUCCACAAAUCCAUUGGCUCCUGUCAUAAUCUAAUGAGAGAAAAUAGGGAGAAGUAUUUUAUAGAUCUCCUUUUGUAUGUCUGCAGCAGUAGAAAACUUUUUUCAGUCACUGCUGUCUAGCCAGGAGAAUAAAACUUGAUUCUCACAAAUCUGUCUUUCCAGAGAGGUGAGUUGGGAGUAUCAGCAGCACAGUUUCUAAUGAUGGGUUGGGAAAGUGCAGGUUAUGACUUGAUCCCUACUAAAAGGUAAUGUGCUGAAAACAAAAUAGGGGAUUCCUUCCAUGGGGCUUUCAGUGCUACCUGUAGGACCCCCUUUGUGUGCUGCUGGAUCCUGGGGGCCAGAGGGAAGGCUCACCUCUCAUGCACAGAUGAGCAGCAGCUCACUGCACACAAGGAACCUGAGCUGUGCUCACUCCCCCUGUGCUUUUCUCACCCCUCCCCUCUCUGUGGAGCCUGAGUGCCUCCCUCUCCCUGUUGUGAAUAAUUAAAUGUGGUCACAUGGGUGAGCCCUGCCAGAAGGCAGCCUUUUGACUUCAAUUGCCCUGACCUUUGGACUAAGGGUACCGGCUGUGGGCUUCUGUCUGAGCAGCCUUCAGCCCUUCUAACCUCUUCCUCCUCCUCACAUACACCUGUUUCCUGUCAACCUGGCUUCUGAGUGCUCCCAGCCUCCUGAGCUUGCAGGCAGAGUACAGCACCAGCACUGAUGACUGCUGUACUGUUUAAUUCCAGCUUGCUUAUCUAAGCUGCAUGAGAACAUUGUAAAUGCUUAAUGACUAUGUACGUGCUGCUUUUUUUUUUUGCCUUUUUUUUUUUUUUGCCAUAGCUUCUGUUUCCUUCAGUCAGUCUUAAAUCUGCUUUGGCAUUGCUCCAUUUUACCUUCCUGGUAUAUGAGCAGCCAGGUAAUUCUUUUUCUGCACCUCUGCAGUAACAAUUUAUGACCUUUGAAGGAACCAGGGGAGCAGUGAUCCAAGUCCUGCUGCAACUGCAGUGCUGCUGGCUGACAUCACUGCUCCCACCUGCUUUUGUCCCCCUGGAGCCAGGGCCACAGCACAAGGUGGUACUGGUCUCUUGAGGUGGGUGCCUCCCUUUCAGACUGAGCUGAUCUCACCGCUGGCACACUGCUAGAGGUGAUGUCACUUGAAUGUAAUCUGGUAAAGAACUGUUGGUCAGUUACAAUCAAUAAAAACUGGCAUUUCGUUUUAUUCCAGAGAUCACAGAGGCUGUGCUCCUGACCUCCUCAGGUUUCAGGCUGGGCAAUUUCCCCUGCAGUUUCAGUGUUCCUGCUCAGUAAACACUUCUAGUAAAGACUCUCCAUUUUCCUGCACAAGCAGGAAAAGUAUGGGAACAGCGUCACAUACCCAACAAUAAUCAACUUUCUUGCCUUACCAUCCUACAGAACAGGAAAAAACACAGUGACUUUGCAUUGUGUAAUUAAGGGGCAGUAUAAAAUAGUUAUUUUAUUGCUUCCUUCUAAGGAAAAGCAGAGCUAAAGUGUCACUCAGCUGUUAAAGUGCCAGCACACUUUAGGGUGCAUUAUAUGAAAGCCACAACUGUUUCUUUGAGAUAAAUGCUGAAGACCCAUGGGGUUGGUGCCUUGUGUGAAUCCUUCAGAACAGUGUAACAGGUGGACAGUAGGAGGAGGGGUUUGGGGACAGCUUGAGAUUCCUCAAGCAGCCUGCAAGGUUUCCACCACAGGACAGAACUCAGAGUAAAAGGGUAUUUUCUUUGCCAGGUUUUUAAUUCAGCUCCCUCUUUGCCAACUGCGGGGAAGGCUUCAGGGAUUCCCACAGCGGUGUUAAUAACAGGAGGUGCAAGCAGGAAGCAGUGCCAGCAGUGUAUUUAUGUAGUGGUUGAAGAGGGGUUGCACAGCAAUUUUCAUGCCACCUGAAUGUGAUGUUGGUCUUUCCCAAUUGAAGGGAUCUGAAGCAACGGGUAAUUCCUCAGCAGUAGUUGUUUUUUCCAUGUCAGCUGGGAGAAUGUUUCUCCAGUGAGGAUGAAGUUUGUUUUCCCUUUUGGAGUUAAGCACAUUGCAUCCUCCUCUGAUCUGUCAAGCAUUUGCUCUCUCCUACCCAAGCCUGUCUAUUUAACAGUAGCUUUCUCAGCUCUUAAUGUUCCUUGUUUCUAUUUUAAGAGAACGUGGCAGUCAGUGCCUUCCCAAGGGGAGCAACACUCAGCUAAGCCCACAUCUCUUCCCCAUGCAUGUUUUGAAGCCAAUGCCAAGGUUCCCCCAAGGGUCAGGCACAGUGCCUCUGUCCUCACAGUCUUGUCCAAGGUGCCUGAUUCCAGGCAAGUGGAGUUUUUCCAUUCAUUUCUGUUGGCUUUACACUUGUAUCAAGCCCUAACACAGCUGCUCCUUUCCCCAAGAUGUUUGUGCCUGUCUGCUGGACUCCAAGUUAAUCUCCAGCUGCUCUGGCUCAUAGUGAAUCUGCAAGGACGGAGGGAGAGCUUUGCUGUCUUCUCUAGCAGAGGUGCUAUGCCAAGACCAGCUUCAAGGGCUGGUGGAGGAUGGAAAACUCAGGUUGCUUGGCUUGCAGCACACAGUGGGCUGUGUAUAUGUGGUCCUCUGAAGGGGAUAGUUUGGGCCAGUUUGUUUCCAGUGAGGUCUGACCAUGGCAACCUGGCCAGUAAAUCCUUUAUCAAAUUUAUUAUUUUCCUCCUGUGCAAAGAAGAAAACAAAGACCAGCUCCAUGUCGACAGGGAAGUGACCCCCACUGAUGCUGCCUUAGGCAGGGCCUUUCACCAGCCCAUCCAGGCUGCUGGCCUGAACAUUUGUUAAUCACUUUGAGCUUCCCCUCACACACCUCAUUUUUCUCAUCCAAGUAAUUACAGCAUUCAGACAGAAUCAGCAGUUAAAUUCUCCAGCCCUGCAAGGCUGUUAGCAGCAAUGUUAAGCUCAGUGUUCUUCAAAACUACUGCUUAAAUGGCAGCAAGUGUUUGCUGUGAGUUUCCUGCAAGUUAAAGAAUAACAGCAGCUGCAAUAGUCUAGUCAAUAAAAAGAUAAGAUAAAACUACCAUAGGCUUUAUUUCCAAACCAAAACCAGAUGAGAUCACCUGUUACACAGUCGCUUGUCCUCCUUACCUGCCCCUGCAACACACCCAGGCUCAAGCUGUGGUUUAACCCCAGCUGACAACUAAGUACCAGGCAGCUGCUUACUCACACCUCUCCUGGUUGGAUGGGGAGGAGAAUCAGGGGGAAAAAGCAAAACUAAAGGUUGAGACAGGAACAGUUUAAUAAUUUGAAUAAAGUAAAAUAUAAGAAUAACAUAAAAAUACUUGUAAUGAAAAGGGAAUCUACAAAAAGAAAGAAAACACAAGACAAACAAGUGAUGCACAAUAUAAUUUCUCGCCGUUUGGCUGAUUGAUGCCCAGCCUGUCCCUGAGCAGUGAUUGGCUCCUUCCAGGUAACUCCACCAGUUUAUAUACUGGGGAUGAUGUCCUAUGACAUGGAAUAUCCCUUUUGCCAGUUCGGAUCAGUUCUACCGGCCAUGCUUCUUCCCAGCUUCUUGUGUAGCUCCUCACUGGCAGAGCAUAGGGAACUGAAAAGUCCUUUAUUUAAAGUGAGCACUGCUUAGAAAAAAGUAGAGCAUUGGUAUGUUAUCAGCAUUAUUCUCAUACUAAAUCCAACAAACAGCACUGCACUGGCUGCUAGGAAGAAAAUUAAUUUGUCCCAGUCCAAAUCAGGACACUGUCCAUCACCACGCAGGGGUGGUGUUCUGCCAUGUCCUUCUGCUCUUUUCAAGGAUGCGGGGUACCUUUGUGACCUUCAUCAUUUCUCUGCCUCAGCAGCUCUGUAACUUCAGCAACACUUGUCCCCUUAAAACCUUUUGCAGGCAAAAACCAAAGACUGCAACUCUCAGGAAAGUGGUGCCCACAGGCUGGAUGCAGUUUGGGGGCGGCUGCUGUGCGGAGCUGUGCCUGGUUGCUUUUUCUCUGUGCAUUCUGCCAGCCAGGGAAGGAUGGAGGCAGAAGCAGCAGGAAAAACCCCAAAUUUCUUAGGCCAGAGGAGCCAAAUGGGUGAAAACAAGAGGCCUAUAGGGAGAGAUUGAAAAUGCCUGCCCACAUCCCAGUGGGAAUGGGGUGAGGAAAAACCCUGUGGCUGCCUUCCUGGUGGCAAAGGGUCCCUUGCCCAAGGGUGGGAAGUGAUACAGGGAAACAUCCUACAAGGAGAGGCCAGAGGGGGACAUUGUAGCUGUGUCCUGAGGGUGGAGGACAGCUGGAAGCUGCAGGCAACAAGGCAGCACCCAAGUUCCCACCUCACACUGACUUCCUAGGCUCUCAUGAUCCAAAAGCCACAAUAAAAAUGCACUAAAA